ACUGGCGCUGCGGUACAGUUCGACGCGCCUUCGCCAUCUGUCGGAAGAGCCACGUAUCUCGAUGGUCCAAUUGUAUUUCGGAAGAAAUAAUAGAAACACCGUGUACGCUGAUGUGAAUUAUAUUUAUGGAUACAAUAUUUUGCCUAUUGUUAAAUUGUGUCGGUUUUUCGUAAUUCUUAAUAUUCAAGUAACGCUGUCGGAUGGCUGUAUAUAAAGGGGCAGGGCAUUACUACGUUUACAUUAAAAAGAGUUUAUUCUUUUACAUGAAUUCAAGUAUCAAUUAUACGCACAAGGUGACUAUGUUCAGAGGAAGAGGCGGCGGCGGCGGCAGGCAAUUCGACAACGUGGAUUACACACAACUUACCGAAACCGAUAGUGGUUUCGUGGAUUCUCAAUUCGUAAGUCCACCAGUUAAAAUACCAUGGAAAGCGAUAACCUUAGCGGCACUCCUCUUCGUAGGAGGGACUAUUAUGCUGAUUAUAGGUAGCCUAAUGGUCAGCGGACACAUCGAUUCUAAGUACUCAGAUCGGAUGUGGCCGGUUAUCAUUUUGGGAGCGUUGAUGUUUAUACCGGGUGCUUAUCACGUGAGGGUUGCGGUUCUUGCGUAUCGAAAGGUUCCUGGUUAUUCCUUUGACGAUAUUCCAGAGUUCGAAUAAUUAAUCCAGUACUUUGUAUUUACGUAUACUGUAUUAUGUAUAGAUGUGUAUAUAAGUCAUCACCAAAAUGUGCUUUUCAAUUGACACAUCGUGCGGCGGAUCUAUUGACUUUUUUUAGCGCUAUAUUCAUACUACUUACAUAUGUAUUCAUUCUUAAAUGCAUUGCGAUUCCCGAGGAUGUGUUAUGUUAUUAAUUAUGCGAGUGAAGUUGUGGACUGUAUAAUAUAGCCAGUUAUUAAUUUCUAUAGUUUUUGUUUAGUUUAUUUUUUGUCAUUUUUUUUAUAUACGAGUAAAUAAAAUAUAAGAAUAUUUUUCUCUUAUCACGCAUGGGGGACGGAAAUGAGUACAUUUAUAAAGCCUAUGCUAACAGCUGUUAAAAUAUAUACAAACAUUACAACCGUUGGAUGGAAAAUUGAGAGCUUACAGAUGUUGAGUAACUGAAAUAAAAUUCCUUAUCGCAUAAAGUUA